UGGACUGCUACAGGUCUAAGUGCAUGGGGAAACCCACCCUUUCCAAUAACUAACUAACUAAGUUCCGUUCACGACCUUCAUGAACGACCGCAACCAUUAGAGAGGAGCGCGUUUUGAGUGAGUUUGGAAAUGAGGUAGCGGGAAGUAAUGCGGUGCUGUGGCCCGGUGUGAUUCACGGAAGUAAGAUUUUGACGGUAAUUUAGUCCAUCAAGCUGGAAAAAAGAAAGGUUGUGAAAAUGGGAUAUAUGUUGCUGCCUUAACAAACGUCUUAGCUAUAAGGGAAGUACUGAGGCAACCUGAGGGCCAUACUGUGCCUGGAAGGAUUAGGUCGAUUGAAAAAAUCCACUGAACCCGCGACUUUCCAGCUUGUAGCGUAGCCCCCACUAUGUUUGAAGUAGAGAAUAAAUUAGCUUUUUGGUAAAAUAUGAUGUGGUUCUAAUGAUUAAGUUUUAAACUUCUGAAGGGACUGUGGAUGAUGAGAAAUACGUACAGAAUAUUAACGAUGAAUUCUCAUGGGUAAUGGCCAUUUGGAAUAUUGACUUACCGUGAAAACAUUCUGAUGUGAAGGCAUGCCACAGGAUUCACAUGGGUUGCUUUUCUUAAACUGUUUAUAUUUAUAACUAGGUGAAUGAAUAUGUAUGUUUUCAGAAUCGUGGAAUUUCAACUUUAUGCACCUUCAGUACCAUAAAUUUCUCAUAGUGGCAUUAUUUAGUUUAUGAAUGAGAAUAUGAUUAAAUGUCAACUUAUGUCCUUUCCAGACUAGUUUGUUUGAGUUUAUAUUUGGCCAACAGCUUUACAGCUGGCUGAUGCAAGACUUUAUGCUUUUGAAGUAAUGAUGAGAUCAAUGUUUCUAUUUCUUUGUAUUCUUGUGUUCUGGUGGACUAUUUUCAGAGAAAUUAGCAGACUCCAGUAAUCCCUGAAGACUGAAAAUUUCUCAUUGGCAAACGAGCCAAACACAAGAAAGUAUCACCCAGAAGUGAACACAAGUCUUAUCUGAUGCAUAAUAUUUUUGCGGUAUGGACAUGUGCAUGAUUCUGUUUCAGAUAUUUUCAGUAUUAAAUAUGGACGAAGAAUUUAGGAAUACAGACACAGGAUUGGGAAUUUGUUCGUCCAUACGUCAGUUUGCACAUUUGAAUCAAGUGAUCUUUUCAAAGACAAAUCAAAUUUCACUUGCUUUGUUCUGUUUUUUGUUACCAGUUUUAUUCCUAGAACAGUGUGCAGUUUACUAUAUUGGUCUUGUUCCAAGCCAGUUCUACAAUGUUAUUGGACAAAAUGAUGUAAGAAGUUUUUAUGGAGUGUUGAUUUUAGCAGUUUCAUUAAUUUUUGCAGUUGCGGUGGUGAAGGGGGUUCGUUGGUUUGUUCAACAACAGUUGAAAGUUGGCUGGUGUCGGUGUUUGUAUCACUUUCUGCACCGCAUGUACUUCAUGCAUGCCCAUUACUACAAACUCUGCAUGCAUGGACACAAGGUUCACAAUGCAGAUGAAAUUAUCACACAAGAUGUGGAGAAGUUCUGCACACAAUAUAGUGAAGUUAUUGCAGAAAUAAUUACACUGCCUUUUGUGGUUUUGUUUUACACCUAUAUCACAUAUACAAAUUUGGGAUGGAUUGGUAUAGUUUCCAUAUAUGGUUUCAUUGGAUUUGGUAAAAUUGCAACUUCCUAUAUAAUGCAUCCCAUCAUCCAUUGGUCAGAACUGUAUGAAAGGCAGAUGACAAAGUUUAGACUUCAUCACUCCCAUAUACACGCAAACUCAGAAUCGUUUGCAUUCUGCGACUCAACUCAAACCGAAGCUCUAAAAGUUAGAGAGGAGUUUGACAAACUGAUAUCAACAGAACGACAAUUGUAUUGUUGGAAAUUUGCAUGGAACAUUACCAUUAAUUCAUUGGAUUGCUUUGGAAGUAUUCUGAGCUAUAUUCUUCUCUUUUUGCCUGUUUAUGGAGGCCUCUAUAAUAACUAUAAUGCUGUUCAAAUCAGUGUGUUGAUAAGUAAGAAUUCUUUUUAUGUUAUCUACUUUAUCUCAGUGCUAAGUUCAUUAAUGUCUGUGAGGGGGAAAAUGUCUACUUUGGCAGAAACAACUCAUCGAUUAUCAGAACUCAUUGAACAGUUGGAACAGCUGAUGGGGGGUGCUGAGGCUCAGAUACGAUGUCUGUCACAGAUAGGCUCAGAGAGGGCCUGGAAAAUGCAUGUUUAUGGUUGGAGUUUGGAGAAUGUGACAAUAAAAUUGCCACUUACAGAUCACGUAUUAAUCAAAGAUUUAACUCUGAAGAUACAGGCUGGGGAAAAUCUCUUAAUUAUUGGCGGUUCUUCCUCGGGCAAGUCCAGUUUGCUGAGAGUGUUACAUGGAUUGUGGGAUGUUAAUCAGGGAAAGAUUACAUGCAACAUCCCAGAUGGUCCAUCAGGAGUUGUGUUUGUACCACAGAAACCUGUGUUCAUAAGUGGAUGUCUUAGAGAGCAGAUUAUUUAUCCAUUCAAGGUAAUGGGAAAUGAAGGCACUGCAAGUGAUGAAAAUAUUUUGGAAUUAUUACAUUUGCUGGAUCUUGAAAUAUUGCUCUUCCAACUAGGAGGACUGGAUGCUGUAGUUCCCUGGAACUGGUUGGACACACUGUCUGAAAGUGAAUUGCAGCGAUUAAGUUUUCUCAGAGUAUUUUAUCAUCACCCCUUAUUUUCUGUGACUGAUGAGGCAACUUGUACACUGUCACCAAGGUAUGAAGAAAUUAUCAUGCAGAAAUGCUGUGAUUUGAACAUCACUAACAUCACAGCAGCACGCAGUGGAAUCACACUCUCAAAGUUCCACACAGCUGUUCUCUCCUUGGAUGGCACUGGUGGAUGGUCACUCGACUAUGUUAAUCACAAACUCUAACAAGUGCUACAAAAUGUUAGCCCCAAACUUUUUAUUUUAGUUCUGAUUUAAAAUGUAUGGAGUGCAUUGGGUCUUACAUUUUGAUUUUAAUAAGGAAAAAUUAAAAUUACUUCUGUUUAAAGGAAGUGUAAGCAGAAACUAAGAGCAAGGUAUAGCAUCUCCCAAAGCAAACAUCUGAAAGGGAAACGACAGAGAAAAUGGAAUGUAUGCCAGUCAUACGCUAAUAUCAUUUUUAUGGAUUCAGAGAUAUUGGAAUAUCAGUUUCAUGCAACAUCAUUAAAUUCAGCACAGUGGUGUGUUCAGAUGAUGCAGAGGAGCUGGUUUUCUUUACAGCAAACAGUUUCCCUUUGCAAGAAGUUGCCAUCACAUUUCAAGGCAAUGCUAGUGAAACUGUAUUCCGAUAUGCCAUCUGUUUACAUCAUUGAUAUAGGUGCAAGAUCUGUUGUCAUAAAAAAUCAGGUAAUGAAAGUCACAAUGUUAGAGUUGGCAGACUACACCAAACUACCACAGAAAGUGAUAGCGGAUUAAAGAUGUGUGCCUAAAAUGCAGCUGCCUAUGGGACUAGCAGUCUGGUGUCAAGACUACAGGUUGGAAGACUGGGCUGGUUUCAUAUUUCCUAGAAAAGGAGAGCAAGAGGAUUGUUGGAAAUGCAAAGAAUGCUUGUUCUGGAUGCAUUUAGAUACCAUCUGACCUCCUUAUCUGUCUUCCUUAUGUGACUGCUUUCAGAGAGGUUUUUCACCCAAAAUUCUGUCUAUGUUCAUACUUUCAUCAAGUGUCAGCACUGCAGGUGUCAUGUUGAGAUCACUGUUAAUUAUAUAAGAAUAUGAAAUUUAAGGUGAUCUACGUUCAGAGCUUCAUGAAGUCUUGAUUUGUUGAGAAAUGAAGCAACAUAAUGCCCAAUAACAACACUCGCUUUCCAGGAACUCCUCAAUAUACUACCAAGAUUUUCUUAUUUUGUUCACUAUUCAGAUGUAUAAAAUGUUUUAAAAAUGAUGUAUGAUAGGUUUGUCAAAUUAUUACCAUUUAUUUCAGAAAGCAGAAUUUAAUAACAUUUUACAGACUAGCAUAACUAGUAAAUGCUAACAACUUAAAAGUUGUGUCUUUUAAAUAUACUGCACAUAGAAGGUGCCUUUUGUACCCUAUAGAUGUGACUGAAUUAGGCAUAGUCAGCGAGGUAACCUUGGUUCCUGUGACCACAUUCUAAAUCUUGUAUCAUUUAAGUUUGUCUUCUUCCUGCAUUUUGUCAUAGCUCUUUCAUUUACCCAGUGAAAUCUGAAAUAACACGUAUAAUAA